CAAGAUGCAGCGGAUCGGUCGGGUUAUCUGCGAUAGAAAAGACCUCACUGCCCCAGUAGUUGUUUAAGAAGAACCGUUUUUCGUGUAUGCUGUAUUUCUUUCACUUUCAGUUUCAGACAGUUUCAAGACACAUUAACACGAUGGUGUCUUACAAAAAGCUGAACCCUGAAGAUGUUCAGUUUUCCAGUACAGUUUUAUCAGAAGAGUCUCGUCCGGCUCAAGAGGAGGUUGCAGUGCCAGAGCCAGAAAGCACCUCCUUGCUCCCACGUAGGCCAUCGUGCUCCGUCACUACAGCUGUGGUGAUAAUCGGCUGCCUCCUGCUGAUUCUUGGCGGAGGCUGGCUGGUGCACACCAUAUACUGGCUGCACAGUCCGUCCAGCCAGCCUCAACAUAGACCUCCAGCUCCAGGGCAGGCACCGGACUCCAGAUUAUCAGUCGAAGUGAGAACCCCCGCUGCUGCUUCUCGCAGCGAGGCCUGCAGUUUAAUCCCAGAUGCGUGGAGGUUUGAUUGCUACCCUGAAAGGGGUGUCGUUGUGACGCGCCAGUUGUGUGAGGCGAGAAACUGUUGCUUCAUCCCGGCUUCCACUUCCUCUGCCGGCCGACCACGGAGAAAUGGUAUCCCCUGGUGUUUCUACCCUCUGGACUUCCCUUCCUACUCGCUGGCGUCACUAAAUGACACUUCGACGGGCCUCAAGGGCACACUUGUGAAGGAGGUGAAGACUUACUACCCUGGAGACAUCCUCGCUGUAGGUUUGGAGAUACGACAUGAGACAGACACAAGACUGCGUGUCAGGAUAACGGAUCCCUCGAGUCCACGUUUUGAGGUCCCGAUCUCUGUCCCCACUGUGACAGAGAAGGCAAAGAACCCGGAGUACGUUGUAGAGUUUUCAAAGCAGCCGUUUGGUCUCAUCGUGAGGAGGAGAGCUACAGGAGUCGUGCUUCUGAACACCACGGUGGCUCCUCUCUUCUACGCGGAUCAGUUCCUGCAGUUUUCCACCUCCCUGCCCACUCAGUUCAUUUACGGCCUGGGUGAGCACCGUUCCACCUUUUUGCACGACUUCCACUGGAACACCCUCACCAUGUGGGCCAGAGACGUCCCCCCUACGGAAAAGACAAACCUGUAUGGGUCCCAUCCAUUUUACCUCGCAGUGGAAGAUGGAGGGAAUGCACACGGCUUCUUCCUGCUGAACAGUAAUGCUAUGGAUGUGGUGCUGCAGCCCGGCCCGGCCAUCACCUGGAGGACUAUUGGUGGAAUCCUUGACUUUUAUGUUUUUCUCGGCCCUGAUCCCACUUCAGUGGUUGAACAGUAUGUGGAUGUUGUAGGACACCCACUCAUGCCCAUUUUCUGGGCUUUAGGGUUCCACCUCUGUCGCUGGGGAUACGGCUCCAGUAAUUCUACCUGGGAAGUUGUUAAGAACAUGAGGAAUAAUGGCAUACCUCAGGAUGUCCARUGGAAUGACAUCGACUACAUGGACCAGGCCAAGGACUUCACUUUUGAUCCUAAAAGUUUUGGCACGCUUCCUGACGUUGUAAAAGACCUGCACGCUCAUAACCAGACCUACGUCAUAAUCGUGGACUCGGCUAUCAGCAGCUCACAACCCAAGGGCUCAUACUGGCCCUUCGACGAGGGACUGAAGAGAGGAGUUUUUAUCAAAGACUCUCAGGGAAACCCACUAAUUGGGAAGGUUUGGCCUGGUCUGACAGUAUUUCCUGAUUUCUCAAAUGAAGUUACACACGAAUGGUGGUAUGAAAACCUGCGCCGGUUCCACGAGAAAAUCCCAUUUGAUGGAUUAUGGAUUGACAUGAAUGAGCCAUCAAACUUCCUGGAUGGAUCAAUAAAUGGCUGUCCAUCAAAUAGUCUUGAAAAUCCACCUUACACUCCAGGCGUGCUGGGAGGUUUGCUGAGAUCUAAAACGGUGUGUGCSUCUGCACAGCAGAAACUCUCCACACAUUAUAAUAUCCAUAAUCUUUAUGGACUGAUGGAAGCUAAAGCCACUGCAAGUGCUCUGAAGCGGAUUUUGGCAAAAAGACCUUUUGUGAUCUCCCGCUCCACCUUCCCCAGUCAGGGGUUGUAUUCUGGUCACUGGCUGGGAGACAACAGGAGCCUGUGGAAAGAGCUUUACACUUCCAUCGCAGGUGUGUUGACCUUUAACCUUCUGGGCAUCCCGUUGGUGGGAGCCGACAUCUGUGGCUUCAGUGAGGAACCACUYGAGGAACUGUGCAUCCGCUGGACUCAGCUGGGAGCUUUCUAUCCUUUCGCGCGAAACCACAAUUCUAUUGGCAUGCAGCCUCAGGAUCCGACAGUUUUCAGCCCGUUCGCUCGUACGGCCAUGAAGCAGGCUCUGCUGCUGCGUUACUCCCUCUUCCCCUUCCUCUACACACUCUUUCAUCACGCACACGUACACGGACACACUGUUGCACGACCAAUAAUGUUUGAGUUUCCAAAAGAUGUAAAAACCUACGGGAUUGACAAGCAGUUCCUUUGGGGAAAGAGUUUAUUAGUGACACCAGUGCUGGAUCCCGGAGUCAACUAUGUGGACGGUUACUUCCCAGAGGGUCUGUGGUACGACUACUUCACGGGCAACGCUGUGCGCAGCAAAGGAGAAGAGCUUCGACUCGAUGCACCGUUAGAUAAGAUCAACGUUCAUUUGCGUGAAGGUUCAGUUGUACCAACGCAGGCUCCAAACCUGACUCUGUGGGUCAGCACCGGUCAGCCCCUGCACCUGGUCUCGGCUCUUUCGAUCAACGGUUCUGCUGCUGGAGAUCUGUUCUGGGAUGAUGGAGAGACCAUGGACACCUUCGAGACCAACCAGUACACCUACAUCAUCUUCAACGUCACCCAGAAUGUGAUGAYAUCCCAGGUGCUCCACAGCCAACAAGAAGCCACGUUCAUCUCUGUCGCCUCAGCAUCUUUCUACGGUGUCCAGGAGAGGCCAGACAAAGUGCUGGUGAAUUCCCAAGAAGUACAGUUCUCCUACAGAGACAACCAGGUGUUGUCAGUCGCAGAUUUGGGUCUGAACCUGAGUCAGAACUUCACCAUCAGCUGGAAGUGAAGCGUUUGCAGCGGAGAUGAGGCACCAUGUGAGCAGAAGGACAGUUGUGAUUUUCCUUUUUUUAUGUUUUGUUUUGUUUUGCGCUCCAAAACACUGGACGUCUAAGAGAACAUCAAGUAGUUGCGACAUUUUGUGGCUUAUUUACAGCAGUGUUUCAUUUUGCUGUCUAGUUUAAGCUCAGAAGUUAAACCACUGAAGAACAAACGUCUUGAGGUUUUCAUUUUUUUCAGUGUAGGACAUAACUGUGUGACGAGCUCAUCAAUCUCUUUAACUCUGGGUGCUUUCCAAUAAGUCGGCUACAGGCCUUUUUAAUUGAGAAUGAAUAGUUUUUAUUUCCUCUCGCAGUGUUCUGAAGACAGAGCCAAGAUAAACUGUUACUGUUAGAAGUGAAAGUGAAGCUAUUUAGGAGCAAGUCRGGUCAUGUUUGGCUUCAUCACACUUAAACUUUAACAGGUUUUGCACCUUUAAAAAGAAAAGAAAGGAGCCUUUCCUCGACACUCUCACUGACAGACAAGUAGUUUAACACCUUUAACCUUUAAUUWUAGAAACGCUUCGCUCAUUUUGCUUUUGUUUUAUCAAAAGUGCUUUUUUUAGAGCUUCCCAUCAGCAGAGAGACRAUGUGCAAUAAACACGAGGGUUGUCUUCCAUCCUUAAAUGUGACGAAUCUGAAUGUAGUUUCUGAUCUGCUGUGUUUUUGUUUGUGACUCGCUUGUUUGUUUACAGGCUGCAGUGUAGUGUCUUCUGCGUAUGUCGUUAUUGUUGCAUGUCUGGCUUUUCCCAAAGCUUUGUUUGUUCAGCUUUAUACCCUGGUCACGUUGAAAACACUGAAGACCGCUGUAGUGUUACGAAUGAAAAGCAAUCUGUGCUUAAAAAACUACAUUUCUAUGCGUCUGGCUUUUAGCAGUCACCUGAACGUGACCUUUAAUGCUGAUCUGAGCUUUGUUUCGAGAUUUGUUUUUUUAUUUUUAAUUGUGAACUCACUAAUUGGUUGUAUUUUUCAUGUAUUGUGUUUUUAAAAGAGGUUUUUAAUUAAUAGGAAAUUAGCUUUAAAAAAACAUGUGAGGUUUAUCCACCACAAGAGGGCAACCUUCAAUCAAUGCUGUUAUUGAUGGUUUCUUUAUUAAAAUGUAAUUCCCUCCUGGCACCAGAUGUUUUAAUGACUAUGUUGUUGCAUUUUUUAUUUUAUUUUUUUAAUCUUUUGCCUGAUCCACUUUCUGUAACCUCUAAAUACUGAUCUGCKGCGGAUGUUCAUCAGGAAAUAAAAGUUGUUCACUGACAGCUA